AUGUUUGAUUUUCGAUGGAAAGAAAUUUAUUACGAUCUUGAAAUAAAUAAUUUUCGACGAUAUUUUUUCUCUGUAUUACUGCUGAUAUUACAAAUCGUAUUUAUUAUUCUAUUUGGUGUUCAUUCGGAAUAUAACUUGAGACAGAGAGAUUCUAGCGGACAUGUUAUUGCAGAAACAUUUGAUGAACCACCCGAACGAGCUGAUGUUGACUCAUUUUAUCCGAUGUUUCAAGAUGUUCAUCCGAGUUUCUAUGCUGGAACGGCUUAUGGCGACGGUCGACUACGCGCAGUUACGAAUACGUAUAUUUCUAUAUGUUCUUCUGUGUUAUGUACGUUCAUUAUGUCUGCUUUUCUUGGGAAAGGCAAAAAGGAAAUAAUUCAUAUUCAAAAUGCAACACUGGCUGGCGGCAUAGCUGUGGGGUGUGUAGUAAAUAAAAAUAUCGGUCUGUUUGGAGCAAUGAUCAUUGGCUCUUUGGCUGGUAUUAUUUCAACAGUUGGCUAUAAGCAUUUAUUAGAACGUUUGAGACUUCAUAUUCACGAUACAUGUGGUGUGCAUAAUCUUCAUGGAAUGCCUGGUGUAUUGUCGGGUUUAGAAGGUUUAUCUGCACAAUGUUAUGGUGGUGGAGUGAAUCGUCCAGUUCACCUUCAAGUUGCAUAUCAAGCAGCCGCUUUGUUCUUAACGCUUGGCAUGGCUAUUGUUGGUGGUCUGUUUACCGGUGCCUUGUUACUUUUACCAAUUUUUCAUACGCCUGAUCAAGAUACGCAUUUUGAUGGUAGUUUGAAUUGGAUAGUACCUUAUGAUUUUGUUGCUGAAACAUCGGCUAUUACACAAUUAGCCAAAAAACACGUGCAUAUCAAUGUACCAGUACUGAAUGACAGACCAUCUACUGUGGGAGAAAUAAGUGGAGAAUUCAGCUUUAGCGGAGCAAAUCAAUACGGCCCGAAUACGAUACACUACACCCAAACAAAUGAAAUGAGUUCACCAUCACAUCGUCAAUCAUCAUUUAUACGUUCUGAUUCACAAGCAUCACCUCAUUUAGAACGAUCCAGAGUUGGAACCGUUUGA